AUGAAUGCUUUGGGGUGUUAUGCCGACGGGGUGCUCGUAGCGGCAACAAAGCAAGCCAUCAUCUGGAUCCUGGACGCUAGUUGCGUUUGCCAAGAUGGAUUACCCGUGAUCCUAGCUGCCAUUCGUUACGCCAGGUCGGUGCCGUGCAUUGGCGGCUGGGCCCGACUGCGGUGGGCAGCUCCGUGCGGCUUUGCGGGGCUGCAUGACGACGGGGACGAAGAAGAACGUCUCCCUCCAGUCCGCGACGCCAUUACCGUGAUCGUUCGACUUGGCUGCGCAGCCGAGCGCGAGGAGGCUGUCUGGGAAGUCCUCGCCGCGAAGCUGCUGCGUCGGCUGCUCAAGGAGAACACGGAUAUGUUCCGAUUGGAAUUGAGCACUGAUCCACCUAUCAAUGCGGAACACCAGGAGCCUAUGCUUAACCUCGACGCGGCCCUGGCGAUGCUGGCUGGCACGUCCGUGUACUUCAACCUCAAUUGGAUGAAGAGCCAAGAGAUCUUUUUGUUCAUGACCAUCACGGGGAACUACAACCCCACGAGUGUUAUCAUAGGUUGUACCGACGUCGUAGUCUUCUACCCGGCGGCGAUAAACCAAAUGUUCGCGAGUCUGCUAUUUCACGGAGUCCUCGGCUGUUAG